ACCAGGUGUCAUUCUGGCGGUGCUUGAUGUGUGCAAGCUGGUUGGAGUUUCAAAGUUUAGGAUCACUCCUGAAGUGUUGACAAAACUGACAAAGGUAAGCUAAGGGAAGGGCUGACACACGAGGCAAGUAUGCCCUGGGGAGGAAACGGAGGUCAUCAGAGGCUUACACCUGGUGUGUUUUCCUUUAGUUAUUCACCUGUCCCUCCAGGAGGCCACCAAAAAGGCUUUAUCUGUCCGGGGCCAGACCCAGGGUCCCAACUGGGACAACCGGUAUUCCUGGUUACUUCCCUUCAGCACCUGGGGCCUGUGGUGUAUAGCCAAAGAAGCAGGAGUGGCUGGGGUUAGAGCCUAAAGGGAAAGGACAGUGAAGGGCGCUGCCUGCUUGCAGGGCUUGUAGGACAGAAGGCGGCCUGCGUUCGAUCACUGGGCUGCGCGGGGCUGCACUGUGAUCUCUGAGCCCGGUUUCCUGAGCUUUGAUUCCACGGCUUUGAGAGAAGGCCCUCUCUAUAGUUCGGAGAAAGAAAACAUUCUGCGCCGCAGGCAGGCCGGACAUGACUUGUAUUUAUUUAGCUACCUGCAUUCCGAAGUGUGGCUGGGGGGUAGGAGGCUCCUUUUUUUCCGCGCCAGCUCCCGCUGAGCUUUGCUUAGGGACUGUCGGGCGAUCUGGUAGCCAGAGAGAAGAGCUUCCUCCUAGAACCUGCCAAUCGACUUUGUGCAAAAUGUCUCUGUAGAAUCCCCUCGGGUUCCACACACCGCCCCCCUUUCUACUGUGCGGCCACUUCUGGGUUUCUCCUGCGGUAGCCCAGCCAAAGCAAAGGGCAGGUUGUUUGCGCCUCCUGGGAGGGCGGCGGGAGCGCGGCAGGCGCGGACCUGGAUGUCCAGCGGGGAUGGGCGGUCCCGGCGCUCGCGAGCUCCGCCCCCGGCUCCCUAUAAGCGGCUGCCCGGACCGCCGCGAGGGCGGCGGCAGCGGCGGCGGCGGCGGCGGCGGCAGCGAGAGCAAGCUCAGGGUCUCCUGCGGCCGGUGGAUCCUCCAACCCGCUCCCAUAAGGCUUUGGCUUUCCAACUUCAGCUACAGUGUUAGCUAAGUUUGGAAAGGAGACAUAAAGAAGACCCCGGUGACAGCUUUGCUGUUUGUUCUUUGCCUCAGUUGUCCUUUGGGGUCUUUCUAGUUGCCUAGUGGUGCUAUCUUCCGUUCCUCACACUCCCGUGAACAAGCCUCCGAGCAAGAGCAGCUAACUCUACCAACGUCCGAACAAACAAGGGGAGAGCGCCUGGUGUCAUGACCAAGGCAAGAGAUCAGACCCAUCAGGAAGGAUGCUGUGGAUCCUUAGCAAACUACCUGACCUCAGCAAAAUUUCUCCUCUACCUUGGCCACUCUCUCUCCACUUGGGGGGAUCGGAUGUGGCACUUCGCAGUGUCUGUGUUUCUGGUGGAACUCUAUGGAAACAGCCUCUUGUUGACAGCGGUCUAUGGGCUGGUGGUGGCAGGCUCUGUUCUGGUCCUGGGAGCCAUCAUUGGUGACUGGGUGGAUAAGAAUGCCAGACUUAAAGUGGCCCAGACGUCACUGGUGGUUCAGAAUGUGUCCGUCAUCCUCUGCGGAAUCAUCCUGAUGAUGGUCUUCCUACAUAAGAAUGAGCUUCUGACCAUGUACCAUGGAUGGGUCCUUACUGUCUGCUACAUCCUGAUCAUCACUAUUGCAAACAUUGCAAAUUUGGCCAGUACUGCCACUGCAAUUACAAUCCAAAGGGACUGGAUUGUCGUUGUGGCGGGAGAAAACAGGAGCAGAUUAGCAGACAUGAAUGCUACCAUUAGAAGGAUUGACCAGCUAACCAACAUCCUGGCCCCCAUGGCUGUCGGCCAGAUUAUGACAUUUGGUUCCCCCGUCAUUGGCUGUGGUUUCAUUUCCGGUUGGAAUUUGGUGUCUAUGUGUGUGGAGUACUUCUUGCUCUGGAAGGUUUACCAGAAGACCCCUGCUCUGGCUGUAAAAGCUGCUCUCAAGGUAGAGGAGUCGGAGCUGAAGCAGCUGACCUCACCUAAAGAUACUGAGCCAAAACCUUUGGAGGGAACUCAUCUAAUGAGUGAGAAAGACUCCAACAUCCGUGAACUUGAAUGUGAACAAGAGCCCACCUGUGCCUCCCAGAUUACGGAGCCCUUCCGCACUUUCCGAGAUGGAUGGGUCUCCUACUAUAAUCAGCCAGUAUUUCUGGCUGGCAUGGGCCUGGCUUUCCUCUACAUGACAGUACUGGGCUUUGACUGUAUCACCACAGGGUACGCCUACACUCAGGGGCUGAGUGGAUCCAUCCUCAGUAUUUUGAUGGGAGCAUCAGCAAUAACUGGAAUAAUGGGAACUGUGGCCUUCACUUGGCUACGUCGAAAAUGUGGCCUUGUUCGGACUGGUCUGUUCUCAGGACUAGCCCAGCUUUCCUGUUUAAUCUUGUGUGUGAUCUCCGUGUUCAUGCCUGGAAGCCCCUUGGACCUAUCCGUUUCUCCAUUUGAAGAUAUCCGUUCUAGGUUUGUGCAUGUGGAGCCAGUGUCCCCAACUACCAAAAUGCCUGAGACCGUCUUUACAACAGAAACGCAUAUGUCCAACGUGUCUAGUGUCCAUGAGAUUAGUACUAAAUCUGUUCCCAUAAUCUCCGUCAGCCUGCUGUUUGCAGGAGUCAUUGCUGCUAGAAUCGGUCUUUGGUCCUUUGAUUUGACUGUGACACAGUUGCUGCAAGAAAAUGUAAUUGAAUCUGAAAGAGGCAUUAUCAAUGGUGUGCAGAACUCCAUGAACUACCUUCUCGACCUCCUGCAUUUCAUCAUGGUCAUCUUGGCCCCAAACCCUGAAGCUUUUGGCUUGCUGGUAUUGAUUUCAGUCUCCUUUGUGGCAAUGGGACAUCUUAUGUAUUUCCGAUUCGCCCAGAAGACUUUGGGCAACCAGAUUUUUGUUUGUGGUCCUGAAGAAAAAGAAGUUACAGAUGAAAAUCAACCCAAUACAUCUGUUGUAUAAAAUAGUUUAGCUGUGGCCCCUGUUACUCGAUUGUGGAGAGCACGUGUGCUUAUUUUAUACUGCAGAAUUCCAAUAAAUGCCUGCAUUUUUCUCUGGCUUUACCACAGCUGUGCCUUAAGGGCUAGGAGCACUAACUAACCUUCACCAGCAAAGAUGGUUAUUUCUCCUUACAUGUAAACAUGGGGAAAUAGGAAGAGGGAGAGGAAAAGUCUGCGUGUGUACAGGAAGGGUUUAAUGGUAAAAUGAACUUCCCGUACUCUUACGAGUAUAUUAAAUUUUGAAGAGUGACUGUCUGGUGAGUAAAAUUAUUCCAUAGCAGAUAUUUAUUGUCUCCUGGAAUGAUAAAUCAAUUCCCCCUAAAACUCACUCUUGUAAAAGUCUGGCCCACUUCCUUUUUUUUUAAGAUCAGUAAUAUUUUCCUCAGUUACAUUAUAGGAACAAGUUUUUCUCCAUGUAUGAAGAUCAUAGUCAGAUAAUGAAUUUUAUCAUUAAUCCCAUUGAAUUUAAGGGAUUUAUUAUACAUGGAGGAUGAAAUGCAUAACUAGACUUGUCCAAAAGGUUCAUGGUAUAACUUUUGCAUUUUGACUAUCAGAUAGGGCAAAAUAUUACAGUAAUGUGUGUAUGUGGCUCUUUAUAAAAUGGCUCUCAAAAUCUGCAGAAAGAAGAAAAGCUAUAGAUUUCUAGUGUGGUACAGAAGGACUUCAAGCUUGUUAUUAGUGUGAUUGUAGAAACUGGAAGCUAAGGGGGAGGACCUCGUGUAACCAGAGUCACUGUCACCAGGGAUCACUAUCUAUCUUGGUAUAUGAGAGAGCUGACCCCAGACCUGGAAUCUUACAGGCAGACAAGCAGCCCACGCUAAGAAAGGACUGCAAACCAACGAGUCUGUAGAGAGCGUUUUACCUUCACUGACUUGGGCCGAUGUGUUUGUUAUCUCUGUGUUUUUCUAGAGCAAGAAUAGUCAUAAAAGUUCCCCUCUCAGUAUCUCUGAAAAGAAUAAAGGAAAAAACUGUUUGUAAAUAUUUUUUUAAACUGUUCUGCAAGUCUUUUUGUAACAUGCAGUACCAACAUGGGGCAUUGCCUUAACUUUUGAUGCACUUUCAUGGAGACGGUCAUGCAUUGCUAUGAGCACUUUGUCUUUCAGUUUAAUCUUUUCCUUCACCUUUCUACAGUAUGACAUAAUGAUCUACUAUGUUGUAAAAUCUUCAUAAAAUAUUUCUAUAUAAAAUGUUUGUAAAAUCUUCAUUUUUCUUUACUGA